AUGGGCAUCACAGUGGGCGUGAAACAGGGCCAGAACAGGUGGGACGUCGCGGUCGCGUCGGAACCAGGUGAAACGACCGUCGCGCAGUUCAAGGAACUCGUCGCGGGCGUUGCGGGCGUGCCCGUCGAGAACCAGCGGCUGAUCUACUCGGGGAAGAUCCUCAAGGACGCGCAGACGCUCGAGGAGUACAAGAUCACGGACGGGCACACGGUGCACCUUGUGAAGAGUGGUGGGGCGAAGAGUGCUGGCAGUAGUAGCAGUAGUAGCGAAGCUACUACUGCUGCAGGUACGGCGGGCACUGCCCCAGCUGCUGGAGCCUCCAUGGCAGCUGGACAGCAGCCCGGGUUCAACCCUCUAGCGGACCUGACGAGCGCGCGGUACGCAGGGUACAACCUGCCCAUGCCCUCCGCGGAUAUGUUCGGUCCGGACGGCGGGUUGACCUCUGGUGGUGGGCCCGGCGGUCCACAAUCGCAAGAGGAGAUCCUCUCAAUGCUCGAGAACCCGAUUUUCCAGUCUCAGAUGAACGAGAUGUUCUCGAACCCGCAGAUGGUCGACUUCCUCAUCCAAUCGAACCCACAACUACAGGCCAUGGGGCCGCAGGCAAGAGAGAUGCUUCAAUCGCCCAUGUUCAGACAGAUGCUCACCAACCCGGAUAUGGUCAGGCAGUCCAUGCAGUUCUCGCAGAUGAUGCAAGGUUCUGGCGCUGGUGCUGGCGGUGCAGACCCAAACGCAUUCCCUGCCCCAGGCGGUGAUGACACGGGGGCACCUACAAAUACAAGUACAAAUGCAAGUGCAGCUGGUCCAGCAGGUGCUAACCCCUUCUCGUCGCUGUUUGGUGGGGCGCCAGCUCCUGCAGCACAACCAUUCCAGUCGGCACCGGGAUUCGAUGCGGCAGCAUUCAUGCAGGCGAUGUCGCGCAACGGCGCCACGGCACCAGCGGCGGCACCACAGGAUACACGUCCCCCAGAGGAACGCUACGAGCAGCAACUCAGACAACUAAACGACAUGGGCUUCUCCGACUUCGACAGAAACGUCGCCGCUCUCAGACGCGCAGGCGGAUCCCUUCAGGGCGCCCUCGACGCACUACUCAACGGCGACGUCUGA